UUGUCAAUUCCUAAACAAAACGGAUGACUUGUGUAAUAAAAGCUGCAAAUACGUAGCGAACAUGUAUUAAAAGUGAUAUCAGUCACAGCCAAACAGUUAUUACAAACGACUUGGAUGAUUUCAUUCCAAACGGAUAAACAAUGAGUGUGUUGUGCUGCUUAGCGGAGGAGGCUCUCAGUCUGGAUGUCAUGUGUCCUCCUCGCCUCAUGCAAGCUAACUAACUUAUGUUAGCUAAACGCGCUACGAUGGAGCGGAAGGAAUCCAUGGCGGAAGAAAAAUAAACAAAUGUCCUCAUUAUGGCAUAUUUGGGAAUCACACGGGCCUUCCUCACCUGGCUGGUCCUGCGGCGAACCUGCGAAGCUCUGUGGUGUAACUGCACCACGGCCCGGUGUGAGAAGACGGGCUUCCGCUGCGAGACGGAUGGGGCCUGCAUGGCCUCCACCUCCUUGAUUGAGGGUCACGAGCAGCACGUCCGCACGUGCAUCGCCCGAGACAACCUGGAGCCCCCCGGGCAGCCUUUCUACUGCCUGAGCGCCCAGGGCCUGGUCACCAUCCACUGCUGCUACAGCGACUACUGCAACAGCAUCGACCUCCAAGUGCCCUCUGUCACCACCCAGCCGGGCCCGCAGGGAGGGGCGGGUCCAGGGGGGUCGUGGGGGACGGUGCGUCUCGCCGCCGUGAUCGCGGGACCGCUGCUCCUGCUUUGUGGGCUGCUGCUGGCGGGCGUCUGCGUGUGCCAGCACCAGCGCCGGGCCUGCGGGACCCGACAGAGGCUGGAGCUGGAAGACCCCUCCUGUGACAACCUGUACGUGCCUCACGACAGGACCCUGCAAGACCUCAUCUACGACCUCUCCACGUCUGGCUCGGGCUCAGGGCUUCCUCUGUUUGUGCAAAGGACCGUCGCCAGAACCAUUGUCCUCCAAGACGUCAUUGGGAAGGGGCGCUUCGGCGAGGUGUGGCGAGGCCGUUGGAGGGGGGGCGACGUGGCGGUGAAAAUCUUCUCCUCGAGGGAGGAGCGCUCCUGGUUCCGUGAGGCUGAAAUCUACCAGACCAUCAUGAUACGGCACGAGAACAUCCUGGGCUUCAUCGCCGCUGACAACAAAGACAACGGCACGUGGACCCAGCUGUGGUUGGUGUCCGACUACCACGAGCACGGCUCCCUGUUCGACUACCUCAACCACUACUCCGUGACGUCUGAAGGGAUGAUCAAACUGGCGCUGACGGCCGCCAGCGGCCUGGCACAUCUGCACAUGGAGAUCCUGGGAACGCAAGGAAAGCCUGGCAUCGCACACAGAGACCUAAAGUCCAAGAACAUACUGGUAAAGAAGAACUGCACCUGCGCCAUCGCGGAUCUGGGUUUAGCUGUCCGUCACGACUCCAUCACGGACACCAUCGACAUCGCCCCCAACCAAAGAGUGGGAACCAAGAGGUACAUGGCUCCAGAGGUCCUGGAUGAGAGCAUCAACAUCAGGCACUUUGACUCCUUCAAAUGUGCCGACAUCUACGCUUUGGGGCUGGUCUACUGGGAGAUCGCACGGCGCUGUAACGGCGGAGGUAUCCAUGAGGAGUAUCAGCUGCCCUACUACGACCUGGUGCCCUCCGACCCUUCGCUGGACGAGAUGAAAAAGGUGGUGUGCGACCAGAAGAUACGACCCAGCAUCUCCAACUGGUGGCAGAGCCAUGAGGCUUUGCGGGUCAUGGGUAAAAUCAUGCGAGAGUGCUGGUACGCCAACGGGGCCGCCCGCCUGACGGCGCUACGCAUCAAGAAGACCCUGUCCCAGCUGGGAGUCAAGGAGGACGUUAAAGUCUGAGCGGCCGAGUGCCACCUCCAGACCCGACGCCCCGAGGAACUCGUGCAAUGCUUUGCCGUUAUGACUCCUUUUAUUUUGAAGCCACUCCUGACAAACCCUACCUCGCUUCGCCAGAUGACUUUUCCCGUCCACUUCCUGUCUCCGCCACACAACGAGCACGGCGGGGCGUUCCCUGCGCUUGGAAGCAAAGGAAGACGUGAAUGUAAGACGGCCAAGAAUGCGUCUGGUGGGGGCUCCACAACACGGACGACUGCAUGGAGCACUUUAGGUCUCAGGUGGAGCUGGUUGAUGUGGCAUGCCCCCCCCCCUUUCAGGGAACCUUUGGUAUUUGUCUUGGACUGCUUUUUUAGCUGCUGGGUGCGUUACUACUGACUAUCGUCUGGAAGCAAUGGUCUUCAGACAUGACACUGGUUCCUCCAAUCCUAUUGAUGUAUUUCCACGGAGGGGAGAUGCUUUCAAUGUGAAGAUUUAUGGCAAUAAUGAAAGACAGGCCUUAUUCUUCAUGUAAAUAUGCUUUGGCGCCUUCGCUGAAAUAUAAUGCGAGUCAAAAGAGUUGUUGUCAUUC